CCACUUAACCAACCCCAUCUCGUUUCCUUUAAAAGUAUUCCCUUUUAGUUUUAGUUUUACCGCCUCCAUAAUAAUACUCAUUCUCUCUCUCACAGACACAUUCGGAUCCUUUUAACACGCCCCCAUUAUUGCUUGCUCGUUAAUUACGGCAAUGACUCGCCUAUUUCGAUCCAAAUCUUGCGGACUCGUCGAGUUCAAUGCUGCUCCGCCGAGUCCACUUUUCCACGAUGUCAAAAAUGUGGACAAUGAUAAUGAAGAAGAAGAGGAGGAAGAAGAAGUAGAAGAGGAAGAGGAAGUGGAGUUUGACAGUGAUGAUGAUGAUGAUGAUGGUUCGAGCAACCAGGUUUCGACGCCGUUCAUCAAUCCAGGGUCAAAAGUAGGUGGUGGCCAUAGUUGCCAAACGAACCAGUUUGCGAUAUUGGAUAUUUUGAUGGCUGCGUUGAAGAAGUCGCUGGUGACUUGCAGUGUGGAGAGAGAGGAUGUUUCUUCCUUGGAUAUUAGCUGGCCAACAGAGGUGCGCCAUGUCUCGCAUGUUACAUUUGAUAGGUUCAAUGGCUUUCUUGGUUUGCCCUCUGAACUCGAGCCAGAGGUUCCCACGAGGGUCCCUAGUGCCAGUGCAAAAGUAUUCGGAGUUUCUGCAAAGUCAAUGCAAUGUUCUUAUGAUGAAAGGGGGAACAGUGUCCCAACCAUUCUGCUGAUGAUGCAAAAGCGCUUGUAUUCAGAGGGAGGCCUUAAAGCGGAAGGAAUAUUCCGGAUUAAUGCUGAUAACAGCCAAGAAGAGGUUGUGCGAGAUCAGCUAAACAGAGGUCUGGUCCCACUUGGAAUCGACGUUCAUUGUUUAUCUGGUUUGAUUAAGGCAUGGUUUAGAGAGCUUCCAACAGGGGUACUUGAUUCCCUCACCCCCGAACAGGUGAUGCAUUGCAACACAGAAGAGGAUUGCACCAAUCUUAUGAAGCUGCUUCCUUCAACUGAAGCUGCCCUUCUUGACUGGGCAAUCAAUUUGAUGGCUGACGUUGUUGAGCAAGAACAGUUCAACAAAAUGAAUGCUCGCAAUAUUGCCAUGGUUUUUGCUCCCAAUAUGACACAGAUGGCGGACCCUUUGACUGCAUUGAUCCAUGCAGUGCAAGUGAUGAAUUUCCUUAAGACAUUGAUUCUGAAGACCCUUCGAGAAAGAGAUGAAUCAAUUGCCAAGGCGAGACAGCUUUCAUCACUCUUGGAUUCUCCCUCCUGCAAAGGUGAUUCUCAUAUUCCUUUGGAAGUUAACAACGGGGUUGAGGAAUCUUGUGAUGAAACCGAAUACGAGGAUACUUGUACCGCAAAGGUACCCAAGUUCUCGAGAACUUCAACCUUGGGAAGAAUAGAAUGGUGCAUUGAAGAGAAACUUUGGAAGUCUGAGGAAAAGGGAAACCGAGGUGGGGAAUUAGAAUCCGUUUCAGGUGGUAGCUCACCUUCUAGAUAUGAGAAUGGUCCAUUAGAGAAUAGGUAUAGGGGUAUAUAUGAGAAUGAACAUUGGAUGAGAUUGAGAAAAGGAGUGCGCAGGCUAUGCAGACACCCUGUGUUUCAAUUGAGCAAGCCCACUAAGAAGCGUGAGAGUCUUGGUAUUGUAAAUACUAGCGAAGGAGGUGGAGAGGCUUGGGCCUAAACCAACUUCUCCAUGCUUUUGUUUUAUGGCUUGUAUGAUUGAGAUGUAUAGAUCUUUGCUUGAAAGAUUGUAUGUAGCGUAGCUUUAGUUGUAAUUGCUGCUUGGUAGAAAACAGUGAGAUGUUUCAAGGAGUUUACAAAUAGAUAGAUACACUAAUUCGUCUGGGUACAACUAUAUUUUCUUAUUGUCACUCUAUUACCCUAAACAAAAUUAUGUUGAAUAUUUUCAUACCAACCCGGCAACCACAUUCAUUGCGGAUAAGUAUUUGUU